GGACCAAAUAUGAAAAUGGAGAAAACGCGAGGGAUGAAAACCGUAGUUUUCCCAUAUAUAUUUACAUUUUUUUUCCGUGCAGUGAAGAAAGGGCAGAUUGUGAGAGUUGAGAAGGAAAAGUAUCUCAAUAGUGUAAAUUAUUUAUCGGUAGGGCAUCCACCUUACUACAAGGGCCUCGACUAUAUAUACGAAGACCGAGGCGAGGUGCUGGACUUGCGCGUAUUUGAGACGGGCGAAUACGCACUUAUUGCAUGGGUAGGAAUACCAACUGCACCAGCUUGGCUUCCAACUGACAUGCUUAUCAAGUCGGAUAAGCUCGAUUACGAGAGAAUAUAACAAGAUGGGCAAAUAUUAUUUCAGCUCAGUCCCAACAUCAGCUACAAUAAAGUUAUAUAUUAUUGAACACUGUACUUUCUGCUGACAAUGUGUAUAAUCAAUAAUGUAUAAGAGCAUAUAUAAGAACAAUUGUUUGGAGAUUGAUAAUAAGAGAAAGGCGUCUUAAAU